AAUGCGACAGCCAUUGUAGUUUUCCAGAUUGUAGCGGAACCAGUCUGAGCGGAACUAUGAAGGCAGAAGUUAGCGUGUGUUUCACCGUUAGUGAUCAAUGAAUAGAUCGUAAACUUAUGUAUCGACACAGAUGACAUCACCGUGAUGACACAUUAAGUAUUAGUUACAUUGUUAUUAGUGAAAAAGUCAGAAAACGUCUGUAUUACUAGCUUAGCUUAGCCGGUUAGCUAGUGUUUCAUCAGAGAUGUGUCACAACAAGGAAGGAGCUCACCUCAGCGCCACCUAGCACCCAGCGGGACCGUGUAGUCCUGGUUCAUGUGGUGUUUCAUUAAACCUCCGUUGGUUUAGCAGGUUUUCUGAGAAACUGGAGCUGCUUCCGAAGCGUCCAGACCAUGUUGAACAUACCGACACAGGCGUUCCCGGCUGCGGGCUCCCAGCAGCGGGUCGCUCCGUCCGGACAGUCCGGGAGGAACAAGGUGGCCUUAAAGCCAGGUCACAGUCUCAUGGACUGGAUCCGCUUCGCCAAGAGUGGAAAGGACCUGACCGGGCUCAGAGGGCGCUUGAUUGAAGUGACCCAGGAGGAGCUGCUGAAACACAACACAAGAGAGGACUGCUGGACCUGCAUACGAGGAAUGGUCUACAAUGUGACGCCUUACAUGGACUAUCACCCUGGUGGAGAGGAGGAGCUGAUGAAGGCUGCAGGGAUAGACGGCACUGAGUUAUUUGACCAGGUCCAUCGCUGGGUGAACUAUGAGUCCAUGUUGAAAGAGUGCCUGGUCGGUAGGAUGGCUGUCAAAAUCCCUGCAUCUAUGAAAGCUCCUCCACCUCCUACAAGCCUCGCCCCUCCUGCCUCAUUGGCUCCUCCCCCUGAUAAAGACUCCCGACCUCGGUACGACUGGUUCCAAACUGAUGCCACGGUUCAUCUGGUGAUUUAUGCUAAAAGAAAGAUCCCCAGCUCUGGCUGCAUGCUGGCCGACCUUGAUGGGGGAGUUCUUCGACUCGAAGUGCUGAUUGCGAAAAUGUCGUACAUGAUACAUCUACGUCUCGCUGAUGAAGUGGAGGGAAACAUUUCUGUCCACACGUCGUAUUCUGUGGGAAAAAUCCAGAUCACCAUACGCAAACAGGCGAAGGGAAAAUGGACGAGUUUAGGACAAGCCCUGGAGUUUCACAACACAUUUCUACGGAAGAAAGACCGAGCCCUCUUCUACCGAGACUGUAUGUUAGUUUCUAAGACUGAGGUGAACCACAACACGUACGUGUUCAGACUCCAGCAUCCCCGAGGGACAGUCAGGCAUGUGCCAGUUGGACAACACGUCUACCUCAAAGCAAACAUUCAAGACGCCGAGGUGGUGAGGGCGUACACUCCAGUGGAUCAGAGCCUGACGCCAUCCUCCAACAACUCCUCACCGGACUCAGACCUCUACCUCAUGAUCAAGGUUUACCCUGAUGGGGCUUUGACCCCCCAUCUCAACACCCUGCAGACCGGAGACCACAUAUCUGUAAGUGGUCCAGAGGGAGCCUUCAGUCUCCGCCCCCUUCGUGAUGUCACACACCUUUACCUAUUGGCAGCUGGCACAGGGUUCACGCCCAUGGCUCGUCUCAUCUGGGUGGUGCUGCAGGAGUUUGACUCAAUCAGACAAACCAAGCUGCUCUUUUUUAACCGGAGAGAGGAGGACGUCCUGUGGCGCAGUGAGCUGGAUGAACUUGCUGCUCAGGAUGAGAGGUUUCAGGUGGAGUACGUCCUCUCUGAGCCCUCUGAGAGCUGGACCGGCAGGAGAGGCCGUGUGGAUGAGUCAAUGCUGACGGACGUCCUCAGCAGACCGGACGGCUCUAAAUGCUACGUGUGUGUGUGCGGCCCCUCUGCCUUCACAGAGCUCACGAUAGGAUUGUUGAAGCAGCAGGGCUUCAGUGACGAGGAGCUCCACGCUUUCCAGGGCUGAAGAUUUUUCUGCCUUCACGUGACUGAACUCUGCUGCGACUGAGUGUGCCUGAGAGCGAGCAAGCGAGAGAGCGAGCGAGCGAGCGAGAGAGUCUGAUGUAAUUUAUACACUUGUGUUUGUGAUGAAUGAAAGGAACUCUGUUUUUCUAUGCACCGAGGUUCUGAUGAUGUUGAUGUUUUUAUCAUCCUCUGUGUGGAGAAAUCAUGAUGCAGUAAGGCGGAGCCGAGUUAAAGGUGUGCAUGGGUGUUUUCAUGGGUGUUGGCCCUAUGCUUGCACAGUUUGGGCAAUCAGCAGGCAGCUAUGAAAGGACUGUAGGUGCAGCAGCGUCUGAUGGUCACGCAUGUGCUAACGCUGUUAGAAAGAGGUUCCCUACAGAGGAAGACCUCUUUAUUCAGGGUGGAAUAAAGCCUAUUAGACAGGAGAGAGAAAAUGUUUGGAGAAAAGAGAGCCGACAUGCACCAAAUCCUGUCAGGACCAGGAACAGAUCUUGCAACCAGUGCAACAAGGACUGCAGGUGGCCUUUUAAGCGCCCCAGAUAGACCUUUAAGUUUGGAUAAAGGAUCUGUUUUUCAGCCAUGAACAGCCGUUACAUCGCUCUUUGAAAAAAACAAGCAAUAUAUUGCUGCAAAACUGAGAGUUCCUGGUCUACUUCAGCCUGUUUGUGCUAAUUAAUGUUUGACUUUGGAUGCAACACGACGAGAUACUAAAAUACCAACAGGCUGAAGCUGCAGAAGACCAGAAAUUUGUUAUUUUUGAACGAUAAAAUUGCUUAUUUUUGUUGACACACUAGAUGUGACAACCUGAGUCUGUCAGUGAAAGAAUGAAGAACUUAGAGUGGAGGUCUUGGAUGCAUCGCUGCUGCUGAAUUCAAAACAUGUAAGUGUAGGGCCUUUGUAAAAACAGCAGAAUCACCCUUAAGUUGAGUUCAGGAGAGGAGGUGUGAGCUGAAACUUUGUAAAGUUGUGUUUGUUACAGAAGUUGUAUUAGACUGCGUUUAAAUUAAUGAAUGAUUUAUGCAAACUAAGAGAGAAUUUAUUUCUGACACUUCUGGAUGUUCAACCUGCCGUACAAUAAAAUGCAUCAUGGUGA